AUGAAUAAAUACGAAGUUUUGGGAGUUGUUGGAGAGGGUGCUUACGGUGUGGUUCUCAAAUGUAAGAAUAAGGAGACCAAUGAAAUAGUGGCCAUUAAGAAGUUCAAGGAAACUGAAGAGAAUGAGAUUGUGAAAAAGAGUAUUCAAAGGGAAGUUAAAGUACUAAGAUUGUUGAGACAUGCUAACAUAGUGGAAUUGAAGGAAGCAUUCAAAAGGUAAAAAGGGAGAAUCUAUUUAGUGUUUGAGUAUGUGGAGCGUAAUCUACUUGAAGUUCUGGAGGCAUCUCCUUCAGGAUUAGAACCACUCUAUAUCAAGAGAAUAAUUUUUCAGUUGCUAAAGGCAAUAUAUUGUUGUCAUCAGAAUGACAUUGUUCAUAGAGACAUUAAACCAGAAAAUCUCUUGAUAAGCAGCAAUCAUCAAUUGAAGUUAUGUGAUUUUGGUUUUGCAAGAUCCUUAACUGCAUCAACCUAAGAUCUCACUGACUAUGUGGCAACAAGAUGGUAUAGAGCUCCGGAACUCUUGCUUUCCUAUUCAAUAUAUGACAAAGGAGUAGAUAUGUGGGCGAUAGGAUGUUUGUUAUGUGAAUUGACAGAUGGAAAUCCUUUGUUUCCAGGUGAGAACGAGAUGGAUUAACUAUAUCUAAUCUAAAAGAUGUUAGGACCACUGACAUAGAGUCAAUAAGAAACUUUUUCAAAGAAUCCUAGAUUUUUAGGGAUGAAAUUCCCUGAAAUAUCUAAACCAGAAACAUUGGAAUAAAGAUAUCUUUGUAAAUUACCAAAAAAAGCCAUAAAUUUUGUCAAAGGAUUAUUAAAGAUGGAACCAGCUGAGCGUUUGACUUGCAAAUAAGCACUUAGACAUUAAUACUUCGAAGACUUGCCAGAAGCAGUUGAAUUCAUGAGAGAAUUGGAAAUGUAGAAUGAUUAAGAAAAGAGAUAAGUAAGUGCAGGUGUUCAUAGAACUGCUGCGUCGCCUAACACUUAAUAAAAUGUGAUUAGAACUAAAACUAGUUUCAAAGUACCUAAUUAUUUGGGAAAUCAGUUAAAUAUGCAAAAUACAGCCUAUAAUUAUAAUAUAUAAGGAUAGUAAUAGGAGAAAGAUGGCAAAUAGAUGAAGAAAGCAGUAAUAAAUCAUCCUAAAAUCUAGUAGUCAAUAGAGAAGCUGGUCCCAGGAUUUAAGGAGUAGAAAUUGAAUAUGAAUUCUGACACAAACAAGAUGAAGGCUUCAGGAUAAUCGCAAUUUAGUCAAUAAUAAUUAUAAAUGUAACAAUCAAUUAAGAUUCAAAACUUAAACAUCAUCUAUAAUUCCAAUACUUAUAAUCAAUUUUAGAAGAAAGGAGCCUUAACAAAAAAAUGA